AACCCUCUCGCAGUGGAUCAGCCGGCCGCCAUUCAGCGAGUCCUUCUCGCCCAUUGCCGUUCCGGUGCUUCGCGGCCCUCCCGUGACCGCGGAGCGCCGUGUGUUCCCUCACGGGGAACGACAGUCCCGAAGCGAAGCCCCGGGGCUGGAACCCCCCGGGAACCCCCCGGAAACCAGAACCAGCAGGAAUUAUCUCCGCUCCCCGCCCUGCCGGGGUCUGGGAGGGGUCUCUGCUCGGUUUGGGCGAUCUCUGGGGGUGCUUCGGUCAUCUCCGUUCUCGGCCGUUCCCCAUCCGCACAAGGCCCAACAUGGCCCCCGCGUUGCCGCGGUAACGGUCACUUCCGGCGGCGCCUCCACCGCCUCUUCCGGUCACGUGCGGCGAAGAUGGCGGCGCCCGCGGCGGGGCCGCCGCCGGUGCUGCGGAUCGUGGCCGAGUGCGGGCGGAGCCGCGCCCGGGCCGGGGAGCUGCGGCUGCCGCACGGCACCGUGCCCUGCCCGGUGUUCAUGCCCGUGGGCACCCGCGGCACCGCCAAGGGCCUGACGGCCGCGCAGCUGGCGGCGCUCGGCUGCCGCAUCUGCCUCGGCAACACCUUCCACCUGGGCACGCGGCCGGGUUCGGAGCUGGUCCGGCGUUCCGGUGGCCUGCACGGUUUCAUGGACUGGCCCCACAACCUGCUGACGGACAGCGGGGGGUUCCAGAUGGUCUCGCUGCUGGAGCUGUCGCAGGUGUCGGAGGAGGGGGUUCGGUUCCGGCCCCCCCACGGCGGGGAGGAGAUCCUGCUGAGCCCCGAGAGAUCCAUGGAGAUCCAGAACGCGCUGGCUUCCUCAGACCCCCUGAGACCCUCCUGGGACCCCUCUGACUUUCCCUGGACUCCCCUGACCUUCCUGGGACCGCCCCCCCAGGACCCCCGGCUGCCCCCCAGGUCCGUGCGCUGGCUGGAUCGCUGCGUGGCCGCUCACGCCCGCCCCCAGCAGCAGCUGCUCUUCGCCAUCGUGCAGGGGGGGCUGGACCCCGAGCUGCGCCUGCGCUGCAUCCGAGCCAUGACCCAGCGGGACGUGCCCGGUUUUGCCAUCGGGGGCCUGAGCGGGGGCGAGGCCAAGGCGCGCUUUUGGCGCACGGUGAAGCUGAGCGCCGAGCACCUGCCCCGGGACAAGCCCCGCUACCUGAUGGGCGUGGGCUACGCCACCGACCUGGUGGUCUGCGUCGCGCUGGGCUGUGACAUGUUCGACUGCGUGUUCCCCACCCGCACGGCGCGUUUCGGUUCCGCCCUGGUGCCCUGGGGGUCCCUGCAGCUGAAAAAUCAGCAAUUCGCCAAAGAUUUCCGGCCCAUCGACGCCGACUGCGGCUGUCCCACGUGCCAGAGGUGGGCGGGGGGCUCUGGGGAGGGUCUGGGGGGGUCCCCGAGGUGGGUCUGA